AUGUUAAGGUUUUAUCAAGUAGUUGGAGCCUUGGGAGUUGUCCACAAUGCUUUGCCUAUACUAAGAGUUGGCAACAGUUCACUAACCAGAGGGACUGGUGCCUUUUGCAAGACUAAAAUCGUGGCAGUUCCAGAAGCUAAUGCGCAAUUCCAUUUCACCACUAACAAAAAAUAUUUCUACUCUUAUACUCUUAAAAGUAGAAUGAAUGGUGUACUGGCCACAAAAGGAGGCAUUGCUUUGAUAGUCUUAUACUUCAUAAGGUCUUAAAAAACACCACUUGUGAGAGCAACAUAAACAGAUUUUAACCUGUACCUCAUCUAUUAAGUUCCCAUGCCUGGAGAAGCUAAUAUCAACCCAUCAUGUGAUACUCAAUUUGUACAAUAAAUUAUGAACCUGGAACAAAAAAAAAA